UGCCAUCUCUCCAUGCUCAUGUCAGGGGACGAUAUGAGUGGUGAGAAGUACAACUAAACUAUGCUGUCGUUUUAAUACAUGAUACGUUUAAUUAUUGGUUAUAGUACGCAUGUUGUUGUUUAAAGAGUACUCCUGCUCCUUUCUUCGAAAUUACUAGGUACAUAAAUUGAUUCCAUUUACUAGUCGCCUCUUCAUAAUGGCCAGUCAGGGUGAUGGACCGGUGUGGUAUGCCCAUCCAGUUUAUACCCGUUAUUGGCAGCACUACCAGCAGGCCAUGAACUGGCGGCAGAGGCACAAGCAGGCAUACAGGAAAGCUUUGGAGGUUGGCCACUUCCAGGCACUGUAUUCCAUGUGCCCCUCUACCAUGCAGCGUUACUCAGAUUGGCAUGCAGAUAAGAGCUGGAGGAAAAAUCACAGAGACAGAACGACAGGUAGAGAAGAAAAAAGGGAGAAUGAGGCCACCGAUUCAGACAGUGAGAUGGAGGAGGAGAGUUCAGAUGAGAGCCAGAUUGAGUGUGACGUCAGCAACAUGGACAUCUCAGAAGAACUGCGACAAUACUUUGCCCAGACAGAGCGACACAAGCAGGAACUCAAGAAACAACAGCAGAUGGAGGCAGAGCAGCAGGACUCUUAUGUACUGGCUGACCAAGACUUACACAGAGUUUCCUGGCGCAGCAGCCUGCCUCCUUCAGAGCGUCCGGGAGAGAGGAGGACCGCAGAAAUGAAGAAGCUGUAUGGUAAAGAUGCAGCAAAAAUUCAGGGGAUGGAAACAGCCAUGCAGCUCACAUUUGAUCGCAACUGUGACAAAAAACAGCCCAAGUACUGGCCUGUUAUACCACUAAACCUGUAGGAUGAUCAGACAUCCAUCAUAGCCUGACACAACAUCACAGGAUGAUGAACCUGUUUUCUGAACUGAUCAGAGACUGUUUGGAUUCUGUUGUACUGACAGUACUGAAGUGUUGUAACAAAUCAGCAUCUUUGAGGACCUUUCUCAUUUAAAACACAAACAUGUGUUAGGUCCUUACAGACAGAUAUAGCACUUCGAGAGUACGUUUAAUAAAUAUUCAAGAUCUGAACAGUAAAUGCCUUUGACUUUAAUAAUAAAUGUUAUCCUUACACUCACUUUCUUUUGAGGUAUCUGUACAUUUGUCUGUAGUGGUAUCCA